CAGGUGCCGGUGGCCGCCAUGAGCAGCGGGAGCCGGGCCCGCGGCAGGAGGAGGGCAGCCCGCCCUAGCCCGCCUUAUCCCGCCAGCUCUGAGGGCGAGGAGCCCCUCAGUUCCUCCACAUGCUCCCCGCUCUCCCCCACUUCCCGGCACAGCUCCCGCAGCUGCGAGGAGGAGGAAGAGGAGGAGGGGGAAGCGGCCUCCCAAAGCCAAAAAGGCAAUAGAAAGGCCGAAGUCUCUGAAAUAAUAAGAGGAAGAAAUCGGUCACCUUUGAAAGAUAAUCUUUCACCAUGGGAAGAAUGGUUCAUUUGCAAAGAGAAGGAACUACGUGCCCGUGUACAAGCUAGAGCCCUGGAGGAGAGUAAUCUGCAGCUUGAGAAAAUGAAAGAAAAGCAAGAAUCUGAAAGGAGGAGAAGGAUAGCUGAAGAGAAGCACAAGGAAUGGGUGCAAAAAAAAAGAGAAGAGGAAAGAAGGGAAAGGGAACAAAAGCUGAGCAAAGAAAUGGCAGAAAAAGCCACAAGGGAACUAGAAAAAAUGCAGUUACAAGAAAAGGCCAAAGUAAAGUAUAAAGAAUGGUUAAAGAAGAAAAGAGCUGAAGAGUCAGAAAAGAAGAAGAAAGAGAAGGAAAAAGAACAAGAAAGGGAAGCUGAGCUACAGGAGAAGAAAGAGAGAUCAGAGAAGAUCUUUAAGGAAUGGCUACAUAAUGCUAGAACUAAAGCACGCCCUGUCUUAAAUGGUUAUGGCUACCGCCAUGGGAAGUCAACAGGGUGUCAUGAUGGAAUUUCGUAUCCAGUUCCAGCAUAUUGUAACCCCAUUCCCUGGAAACCAAUACAUGUACCUCCUCCGAAGGAAGACAGCAUCGUUACCAUGAAGAACAGCAAGAGACCUGUAUCCCCUCAGUCUCAUAGGUCUUCACGUAUGGUAAUUGAUAAGCCCCAAAACAACCUUUGUGUAGGAUCCUUGUGCAGAAAGCAGUUAUAAUCCAGAAAUCAAAAUCAUUCUUACAAGCUUGAGUGAACUGGGCCAUAAAUAUGAAGUUAUACAUACAAAACAAUAUUUAAAAACCACAACUUUUGUGAAACAGCUUCUUUUUGAACAUGGUAAUUGUAUUAACUAACCAAUCAGCUUAUUAUUCAAGGGCCUUUUAUAUGUUGAAUUUUUUUAAAAAAUCAUAUUUAGCCAUCUGAAAUGGGACUGUACUUCAGUGCCAAUAAAACACACAGGAUUGUUGCUUUCUUUCCUUCACUCCUUUUUUUUUUUCUUAAUUUUUUGGGAAAGGAGAUUAUUGUAUGGGUGAUUAUUCUUUAGGGCAGUAGUAUUACUGGGUUAUUUUAAAGAUGCUAAUUACAAUAGACUUUGAAGCAAUUCUUGGCUUAAUGAGGGAAGAAUUAGAGGUCUCUGUACAGUUGCAGGGCUUGAUCUCGUUGAGAUCACAGAGAUGUGUUGGGAUAGCUCACGCAACAAGUGCUGCAGUGGAUGGAUACAGACUCUUUAGGAUGGACAGACUGGAACAGCGAGGAGGGGGAGUUGUUGUUUAUGUGAGAGAGCAGCUGGAGUGCCUGGGGCUUAGCCUGGGAAUGAAUGGUGAGCCAGUCAAGAGCCUAUGGGUCAGGAUUCAAGGGCAGACCGAUGUGGGCAAUAUUGCAGUGGGUAUCUGCUAAAGAACACUUGAUCAGGAAGCAGCAGCAGAUGAGGUGUUCUUCAGACGACUGGAAUUUUUGGCACUCUUGGAAUUUAUGAAAGUCUUUUCUGUUGCUUAGCAGAAGCAUUUGUAAUACCAAAACAGCUCUGAACAUGUAGUUGGUAUUUCUCACUUGGCUAGUUUGUAAGUAGACUGGGCAUGAUUUUUGUAAACAGUGAUCGAAAAGGAUACAAAUCUGUUAAUAACGACAAGCCCUAUUAUUAAAAAAAAAAAAGACUGAACAGGGAUAACUAGUAGUGAAAAUGAAUACUGUGACUUCUGGUUUUACUUUCAUGAUUAUUUCAAAUUUUAACUUAUUAACUUCCCUAAGUUAUAUUGAGUAUACUCAUAACAUAUAAAUGAACUAUGUAUUUCAGUAUUAGUUCAGUCAGAUUUCAACUUGCCAGUAUUGUGUAGGAUGUGUACUUAUAUAAAUCCACAUAUGCUAAGUAAAAAAAUCUCGUUACCUUGCGAUACGAAAAAUGUACCAGAAGAGAGUUCAGCUCUUUGGGGCAGUAAGGAGAUGCUGAAGUGGGCAUAGCGUCAGGGAGGCUUUAUUAGUGUCUUCUCUAAGCAACGAGGCUCUUAGUUCCACCUAAAAGAAUUGCAAGAGCCACUUUUGGUUUGUGUAGCACGGUUACGAUUACUGAAAAAGUCAUCAAGAGACAAAUGCAUAGUAUUUGGAUGCCCAAUAUUUAAUGUGUGUUAGAGUAGAUAACAUGCUUGGGGAAGAUGGAAAAUGUAUCAGUUGAUCCAAGAUCUGAAUCUUCAGUAAGAAAAUGAAAGAAGUGAAGUGUACUUGAUAUAAAGGGCAGUCCCAGGAAAACAGAUAAAGUGCUACAUUCUCUGGCAUUUGAAAUUUCUUAGGAGUAUUAAGGAGGCCUAAUCAUUUAAUCACAGAAAAGUCGAGGUUGGAAGAGAUCUUCUGAGAUCACUGGUCCAGCCUUUUGUUGAAAGCAGAGCUUUAGACUAGGUUAUCCAGGGUCCUGUAAAGCAGAAUCUUCAGUGUAUUCAGUGAGGAAGAGUCUACCAUUUCUCUGGGCAGCUUUUUCCAGUGUUUACUUGUUCUUAUGGUGAAUAAUUUUCUUCUUAUAUCUGGAUGGAAUUUCCUCUGAAGCAGCUUAUGCCCAUUGCUUCUUGCCAGUCACCAUGUAUCCUAGUGAAGAGACUACCUGCCUUUUCCGUAACUACCUUUUAGGUGUUGGGAGACUGUGAUUAAAUCCCCACUGAGCCUUCUCUUCUCGAGGCUGAACAAGCCUUGUUUCUUAAUUCUUUAUUCAUAUGUCAAGUUUUCCAGCCCUCGAAUCACCAUACCCACAGCAAUUGGGAAGGAAAAAUGUAGGCGUUGCUAUAGUGUUUAGGCUGUUGCUAUAGGUUGUUCUGUCUGACAGAAGGUUGGGGUUUUUUGUUUGUUUGUUUUUAAACCUUGGAAUAAUUUCUUAUUUGUAUUUGUCUUAGAGUUGACAAGAGUUUAUGGCAGUGGCCUUACAUGCAGUCAACGCAUUCUGCUGAUGCUUCCAGUCUUUUAAUCUCCUUGUCCUUUUCACACAUAGGCUCAUAGCAUUGGUGCAUUAAUUGUAUUUUUUGGAUCAUCUGAUAGAAACAUCAAAAGCACCAGAAAACUCCUAUCUUUUUGAGCUAAUAGCUUUCAAUUUGGAGAAACUAUAAGUAAAAUGUAUCAGGGAAAUACACAAUCAACUUAGAAAAGAAAGUAUACCAGAACAAUAGUUUAAGUACUGUGAAUUUGUCAACGCUAUGAUCCUAAAUCACUGAACUCACUGCUGACGGUCUGUAAUUUAGAGGAUGUCUUGAAUCUUCACAGACUUCCCUCCUACAGAAGAAAAGAACCUAGAGGAAGAUAAGACUGCUGUCUUCUGCCUCCUAUGGUGCACCUCGUAUAAAAUAAAAGAAAGCUCUUAUUAACCAUGGUGGUUGUGUUAUGUGUUGAUGUGUGGCAAUGUACAUAGACUAAAUGUAUAAAACUGUUGCUCAACAAGGAAAGAGUAAAAUAUGGGGUCUGAUGAACUCAUUCAGGUUUUAGCUGUUUAGUUGCUUUUACUCUAAUCUUUAAAAAAAAAAAAAAAAACCACCUGUUCUAGCUAGCUGUUAUCAUUCUCUCCUUAUCCUUUUACAAAAUGCAAGUGCUUUAUUAUUUUGUCUUGCCUACUUUUAACAUGACUAUUAAGCGUCCUGUAACUGUCUAGUUACAUUGGAAAUGAAACUAAUCAAACCUGACCACUGUGUUUUUUAAGUGUCAUAAUUCUCUUGGAAGAGGAUGCAAGUAGAUCGUGACAUACACGCUUUGAUAACUGCACAUCUGAAUAGGCAGUGAGAGCCACUGUACUUCUGAAAAGUGUAUUUCUUAUCGUGUCUCUGAACUUGAGCUCUGCUCUAAAUCAUCUGUGCUACUGAGAAGAAUAAUUUUCUGUUAGAAAAUAGUGUGACUGCUGCAGCGUUGGGAGAUGGUUUACAACAGCGCAAGCCAGCUUCAAGCAGUCAGGGAUGGCUAGAGCAGAAUUCUUGUACGGGCAGAGCUCUUCUCUGCCAUCAACGUGAAGGAGCGUCUGCUGCCAGCAGUCCUCUUCGGCCCAGUUCUUAUUGCCAGUAGCACAGAAGUUGGAACUAAUCCUGAUUCACCACUGAUAAAACUCCAACUAUGGUCAAUGGCCCUGUAUCGGAGAGCUGUAACUGUUUCCAUGUGGGCCUGGAUAUUUUUAGAACAAUGUACUAGAUACGCAAACGCACACACAUAUGAGUAUAUUCAUCAGUUUAUAAUAUUUUGUGGGUACACAGUUUGGUCUGAUGCGUUUCACUUUUACUGAGAUAUGCAGGCUCCACAGUGUCUAUGAUAGGUCUGUUCAUUUUAUUUCUGUAACAAUGUGUGAAUAAAGUGCCAAAGAUUUAUGAAUGUGUAA